AUGAUUUAGCUAUUGUUUUAUAAUUUUUAAGUAUUGAUUUAUACAUAAACAGUAUUCAUGAUAAUGUAUUAUAUUUAAAAUCUAGACUAUUAAAAGAUGAUAAACUUUUCUAUGUGCUUAGGAGAUCCCUGGUUUAAAGGUAAACUCUUGCAUUUAGAAGAUAUAACCUUCUAAGAUGUUCCUUUCUUAUGUAUUAUAUAUUUAAUUAAUGAUGUUAUUAUUAUAUUCAUUUUAUUUAUUCUCAAAACAAUUAAUUAUAUAGAUAUAAUAAUUGGAAAUUAGUAAAUUAGUCAAAUUUCCAGGAUAAAUAAACUAUUCUAUUUAAGAUGUAAUGGAUGCAAUUAUCAUUAGACUUUAAGUAGUUGUAAAUAAGGAUGGCAUUUAUUUAUGUUCAUUUUCAGAAAUGAUAUUCGGAUUAUAUAUCCAUAAAAAAUGGAGGGUUAAGUCUAACUUAAGACUUUUGCUCGCGAGUAGAUGAAAUAUAUUAAGAAUUAGCUAAAAAUUAUUGAUUCUUUUUAUUUAUUUAUAGAAUCAUAUUUAUAGAAUCAUAUUUAGUAUCAUUGUAGUCUAUACUCAAUUAUCUAUUAAUUUUUUAUAUAUAGACAAAACAAUAACUUUAUUUCAUAUUUAAAUCAAAUACUUCCACUUCUAUUACUAAGUCAAUCAAUUAUAAUCCUAAAAAAUAUAAAAACAAAUGUAUUUUAUUCAUCAUUCAAUAUUAAUAACAACACAAAAUAAGUAUUCAUUAAAUGGAUAGGAAAACCUAUUACAGACUUGAUAUUGUAAUACAAAGUUAGAUUCAAAUUUUGUCAUUUCAAUAUCUCUAAUAACAUAAACAAACAAUUAGAUAUCCAGUUUAUUCAAAUUGUGAAUAAUAAUUAGUAUAAAUGUAUGUUGCUAAAAAAUCAAGUAAUCAUUAUAUUCCAAAAUAAAUAAGAAAUCAAAUCCUUGAUUCAAAAAGCUCAUAAAAAUAGUUCUGCAAAAGGAUUAAAUUCUUAAGAUUAAAAAUAAAAAAACCACCUUUAUUAAAAUAAGAAAGAUUGUGAUACACAUUUGCAUUACUAUAGGAUAGAAAUUCUGUGA